AGUUGCAGGAAACCAUGAAGCUGCUCUGCUUGUGUGCCACUGUAUGCUUGUUCAAUCAAGCGGUUGCUUUCCAAUCCAUCAACGGGGUGAAGCUGCAGUCAGCCACUCCACCAUACAACAAGCCUUCCCCUACUUGUAGGACUCGUCCCUCAAGGCUAGGAUGGAAGAUGGUGUACACCCCUGAACGAGAAGCUGUCAAGCAAGCCAAGCUCACGAAGAGCAUUAAAACUCCUGAUCCCAUCCCUGAGGAAGGAAUUCGCCUCGCAACGGAGUUGAUGAAGACUGGGCGCCUUUACCGUUACAACUCUGAUUCGGCUGACACAUGCAUGGUGUCUCGAUGUGAGAAAGCGCUGGCGGAAUACACUGGGCACAAGUAUUGUGUCGCACUCAACUCGUGUGGAAGCGCCAUCUUCAUGUCCUUGAAGUGCGUGGGAGCGCAGCCUGGCGACAAAGUCCUCAGCAAUGCAUUUACCUUCACUGCUGUUCCAUCUGCUAUUGUGCAUGCUGGAUGCGAACCUGUAUAUGUCGAGUGCACUGAGAAUUAUUUGAUGGACCCUGAACAUCUGGCCAAGAUGGCGGAUGAGACUGGUGCCAAGUAUUGCAUGAUUUCGCACAUGCGUGGGAAAGUAGCGGACAUGGACAAGAUUGAGCAAGUCUGCAAAGAUCGUGGCAUUGUGCUUCUAGAGGACUGUGCUCACAGUUUGGGGGUGUAUUGGAGGGGAGAGCACACCGGGCACAAGGGCGUGAUGUCAUGUUUCUCGAGCCAGUCUUACAAGAUGCUCAACUCUGGGGAAGGAGGUUUCCUCCUUACGGACGACGACGAGCUUGCGGCAAAGAUGAUCCUCUAUGCUGGAGCUUACGAGAAGUUGUAUCACAAGCAUUCGCUGAGACCCGCGGACGAGAUCUUUGAGGAGAUCAAACACGAGAUCCCUAACUACUCCAUGAGGAUGCACGGAGUGACCGCUGCGAUGAUCUACCCUCAGAUCUCAACUCUUGACGAGAGGAUUGAGAAGUACAACCGUCGCUACCUCGACAUCGUAGAGCCCAGGCUGAACGCCGUUCGGAACAUCAAAGUCCCGAAGCAGCUCAAGGAGGUGUCUCCUGUCUACGACUCUGUGCAGUUCAACGUGCACGGAAUGUCGGAGGAGCAGCUCCAGAAGUUCAUACAGGCAGCAGGAGCCAACGGGGUUCCUAUCGAAGUCUUCGGGGCCAAGAGCAACGCGCGCUACUUCCGCAACUGGAGGUACACUGCGGAUUCCAUCCCUCAGUUCGAUCACCUCCCUAAGACGGAGGAAGUGAUCAAGUGGGCGUGCGAUGUACGCCUUCCCCUCAUGUUCCAGGAUGAAGACUUUCAUACUAUCUGUGACGUGAUCGAGGACGCCAUGGACAAGGCCAUGGCCUGAGAAAAAGAUUCGCCCAACCUCGCCGGGGCGGCUGGAAAGAGCAGCGUUGAAUGUAUAUUCGUACACAAUGUGGAUGUGAAUAUGUGUGACUGGGGAGGAGGAAGGGAAGGGGGGAUCAGGACCCUCCCUCCGAGCUGAGGUGGUGACGGCAGUGAGACCUUGAAAGCAUCGUGAGAUAAACCAAAUCGAUAUCC